CGCUCUUAAUAAUGAGUGACUCUGACGUAGAUAUUGAAUACACCUAAUAUUUUCUUCUCAUUAAUACCGAGUACUGUAGUAAUUGAAACCAAACAGUAGCUGCCCAUCGAGUACUAGUAAUUGAAACCGAACAGUAACUGCCCAUCGAAAGUUCAAACCCAAAAAGAAGAAGAAAACCUAUGGAAGUGGAGAGAGUUCAGGCAUUGGCGACAGUUGGCCUCGACGCGCUUCCGGCCCAGUUCGUCCGGCCCUCCCACGAGCGGCCGGAGAACAGCCGGGCCAUCGAGGGCGUUACCGUGCCGGUGAUCUCGUUAUCCCAGCCCCACCACGCUCUCGUCUGUGAAAUCCACAAGGCGUGCCGCGAGUGGGGAUCCUUCCUCGUGACCGACCAUGGGAUACCACCGGAGCUGGUCAGGCGGCUGCAGGAGGUGGGCCGUGAGUUCUUCAGACUCCCACAAGAGGAGAAGGAGAAGUACGCAAAUGACCCCUCAAGAGGAAAUUUUGAAGGGUAUGGGACAAAGAUGACCAAGAACCAUGAUGAAAAGGUCGAGUGGGUGGAUUACUUCUUCCACCUCAUGCAUCCACCUUGCAAGGUCAGGCAUGAAAUUUGGCCUCAACACCCACCAUCUUACAGGGAAGUGACUGAAAAAUACAACAAGGAGAUACUGAGAGUGACAGAGGUGCUGCUGGAGCUGAUCUCCGAGGGUCUAGGAUUGGAGAAAAAUGUCCUCAAGGCAAGUUUGGGAGGCGACCAAAUGGAGCUAGAGAUGAAAAUAAAUUUGUACCCACCCUGCCCACAACCUCAACUGGCCCUCGGCGUCGAGCCUCACACCGACAUGUCAGCGCUCACCAUACUGGUCCCGAAUGAAGUUCCGGGUCUUCAGGCUUGGAAAGAUGGCUACUGGUAUGCCGUAGAUUACCUGCCCAAUGCGCUUUUCUUCCACGUUGGCGAUCAAAUUGAGGUUCUAAGCAAUGGGAAGUACAAAAGUGUUCUUCAUAGGAGCUUGGUGAACAAGGAAAAGACGCGGAUGUCAUGGGCAGUGUUUUGUGCCCACCCCCCCCCGCAGGAGGUGCUGAUUGGGCCUCUCCCCGGGCUUAUCAACGACCAGAACCCAGCAAAGUACUCAACCAAAACGUAUGCCGAGUUUCGGUACCGCAAAUUCAACAAGGUCCCGCGAUAGUUUUCUACUCUAGGAUCCACGAACCUGAUAUCACAACUUCAUUUCCUCUGUUGUUUCAACUGUAACUCAU